AUGGCUAUGAAAUACAUCCUGCCCCUCUUCAGCGUCUUUGCGCUGUACUCCAUAUUUCACUUUUCUGGUACAAAUGGUCUCCGUGGCCUGAUAAAGGAAUCGAUCGCGUCCAACACGUUGCCAGAAAGCAACGAUGCUCUACGCACCGUCUACACAGGAUUCGAGCCACUCGAUGAAAUUCUCACGAUCUUGACUACUUUCUUCUGGCCGGCCAUAAGCGGGAUCAAGCCCGAGUUGACGCUCCAUGCCGUAGCGUUCUCGGGAACGUUUGGAUCUGCCUGGGUGCUGGUCACGCUGGAGUCGUGGAGAAGAGGCAAUGCGUGGACUAUUGCUGCGUUUCCCAUGGCCUUCGGUCUCGUGGCACAGGUCCUGACUUAUGCCUUCGCGACCCCCCUCUACUGUGGCUUGCAACUGGCCAGCUCCAUCACCGCCAGCAAGCCCAACGCAGAAAAUAUCCGUAUCCCACGGGCGGUGCUCCAUAUGAUCCCUCUCAUUUUUACCGUCGGAUACAUUGUCCCCUCCGUCCUGGCUAUUCUCCCCGCCCCUGAACUUAUCACUGUCGACCAGAAGCAAAUCUUCGCCUCCGUCUGGCAACCAUGGCCAGCCUACAUUUCCAUCCUGGUGACGACCGUUAGCAUUGUUUUUUCGCCCUUUGUCAGUAACGACCGAAAUGUCGAGGGUGGUUGGGACACCCUACGUGCUCUACGACGCGUGUAUGCUUUCGCUUUUGCUAACACCGCUAUCCCUCAUAUUGUCACAUUGACCGUGUCCUUCGCGACCGUGGUCGCUCCGUUCAUGUUUGAGGAGCGUUAUGUCAAUAUUUUACACCCACUGCACGUGUUCCAGGUUGUUCUGCCCUGGUCGUCCGUUACAGUUGAUAACAUCGCGGACGGAGUGCGUAUCUUCUUGGGUUGGGAUUAUCUGGUUGGAUCAGCCGGUGUGUUGGUCUGGGCUAUGACGCUCUACAGCAAGGCACAUAAGGCGAUCCUGGGCAAGGUAUCCUGCCUGGACCUGUUCGUCAAAGUUGGCUUGUUGACGGUGCUCACUGGGCCAGUUGGAGCGGCCGUGGAGCUGAUGUGGGAGAGAGAUGAGCUGGUUGUCCACGAGACUGGUGGGCUUAAGCAGCGAGUAGCUACAGGAAAGAAGGUGCAGUAA